AUGAACUUCUUCGUAAUCGAGGGCUACAAGGAUGCUGCCGCCGUCUUCCAGAAGGAGGCCUCCGUUGACCCCGACAUGGACCUGGAGUCCAUCACGGGGCGAAUGGAGGUGCGCACGUCGGUGCAGAACGGCGACAUCCCCGCCGCCAUCGAGAAAGUCCAGCAACUCGACGCCGAGAUUCUGGACGAGAACACGGAGCUGGUGUUCCACCUGAAGCAGCAGCAGCUGAUCGAGCUCAUCCGCAAGGGCGACGUCGACGCGGCGCUCGAAUUCGCGCAGCGAGAACUCUCCUCGCUCGGCCAGGACAACCCGCAUUUCCUGGGGGAGCUGGAGCGCACCAUGGCCCUGCUGGCGUUCGACGUCACCAACACGACCUCGCCGGUCGCCUCCCUCCUCGAAGCGCGACAACGACUCAAGGUGGCGAGCGAGGUCAAUGCCGCCCUCCUCAUCAACCAAGGCCAGGAAAAGGAGGCCAAGCUGGUGGACCUGCUGCGGAUGGUCAAGUGGGCGCAGGACAAGGUGGCGGGACAGGGAGCGACCUUCCCGCACCUCACCAACCUGGCCGACGCCUCCUUCUCGUCUUCUUCCUCCUCCUCCACGUCCUCCUCUUCGUCGUCGUCGGCCACCUCAUCUUCGUUGUCCUCCUCCGCCGGCGCUUCCUCCUCGUGGAUCAGCUCCUCGGGUUCGCUUCUCUUCAAGCCUUCAAGUUAG